GUCCACUACAACAACAUCGCCAUCGACCUCACUCUGCGUUUUUCAUCUUCACCAUCCCUUUAAUUCUGCACAAAUUUCCACACAACUCUAUACAAUUCACUCUGCUCACGUCCGUAUGCCUGCUGCAUCCAUCGCCAGAACCUCAACUCGCGCCGUCCGCCCAGCAGCUCUCACCACCCGUUGGGUCCCCAACUCUGCUCCGGCCGUCCGAGCUACACCCGGAUUUCUGCGCAAGAUGUCUGCUUCCACCGCCAUGCGUUUCCAACACCCGACCAUCUUCGUAUGCGACCUACAGGAAAAGUUCCGAACUGCGAUUUACCAAUUUGAUAAUGUAGUGACAACAACGGAGAAGCUCCUCAACUUUGCAAAAGCCGUAUCCAUCCCCAUCCAUUGCACCACACAGACGGCUGCCAAGCUCGGUCCAACAGUCCCGGCUAUUGCAGCGCAUCUGACAUCGACGCCAAUCGAUAAGACCAAGUUCUCCAUGCUCGUGCCUGAGCUAGCGAGCCAGUUGAAGCCAGCUUCUAGCGUUGCAAUUGUUGGCAUUGAGUCGCACAUUUGCGUCACCCAGACUGCGCUUGAUUUGCGCGAUGCGGGUCACACUGUUUACAUCAUUGCUGAUGGUGUCAGCAGCUGCAACAAGCAGGAAGUCAUCAUUGCCCUCGACCGCCUUCGGGCUGAAAAGGGUGUGAUUGUCACUAGCAGCGAGAGUUGGAUGUACGAGUGCCUUGGAGAUGCCGGACACCCGGCCUUCAAGAGCGUUAUUGGUAUAGUCAAGAACUCAAUGGCUAACACCAGAACAGUCCUUGACUCGCUCCCUCCAACACCCAAGAUUUGAAGGAUUGUCGGGCAUAAACAAGCCGAUGUUUGAUAAUUAUUUAAUUGACAAAGUUUACAUCUGUU